UCAAAAACAGAUAUAAAAGAAAUUUUAGUGUAGAUGAUGAUUUUUUUAUGUAACGGUAGCCGUAAGCUCUCUUUUAUACCAAAAACCCACAAUAAUCCGUUAAAUUCUAAAGAUUUAAAUUUAAUUCUGUACUGCACUAUAUAAAUAUUGACCUGUUGUAUUUAAGUUAGAGUAUUUCGUUAUUAAGCCGUAGAGGAAAAGCGGUUUUUGUAUAGGACGCGAACUUUUCUUUUCUAUAUCACAUACAAGAACACAUACGGUAAAUUAAAAAAAUAACGCUACUUUGGAAAAAUAGACUGGAAUACAUAUGGGAGGAGCAAUCGAGCGUGAGAACCAAUCAGAUUUCGUGAUUCAUUAAUUCAUGGCAUAUGUCAAUGGGGGAAAAUGGACUAAUUUGAAUAACAUAACGAAAGAAUCGAGAGAGUUUCGGUAUUAUCGAAAAAGCUUACAGUGAACCACUUGGAAAAUAUUCACUAUCUCUGUAAAGCAUGGGACUUAAAGGAACUUUGUGACUUAGUGUUUUCCUUUUCUGAAACAACCCAACGUCUUUCAAUCACACGCGCACGCACGCACGAACGGAAAUAUAUACACUUCUGUAUUAUUCGUUUAUUAAACAGCACGUGUAUUUUACGACACUUUGGAUAUAUUUAUUCAUAUUUUACUUAAGAUAUGAUAUAAUAUUUUAUCUGGGACGUCUAUGAAGUAGUAUCGAUAAAGUUAUAAGGUUUUUGUUGAAAUAUUUGAAUAUUUUUCCCAUUCCACCGAGAUAAACAAAGCUUUGAAAUCAAUUAAGUGAAAUAAACAUUGAUCGGUGUCAGAAGGCUCUGUGGUUCUGACGAAUAAAAAUAAGACAUUUCGACAGCUGAAAUAGACAUCGUUUUGUGUAUAUUUCAUAUACAUGUACAUCGUUGAAUUCAGUGUAUAAAUACGAAAAGAAAAAGAAGCAAAAAAAACUAGAAAUUUUCCGAGCAGUGUGCACUUGAUCUUGGGAUGGUUCGUGAAGAUUAAUUUUUAUCAAAAGCGUAUCAGAUAAGUUUAUACAUAUACACAAGGAGAGUUGAUUGAAGAUACUAUACUAUAGUGAACGAUAAAGUUUUACCAAAAGGAUGUUAAAAUAGUGAUUACCCGAUAUUUUUGAGGAUACAUUUUUGAAGAAGAACUGUAUAAGAUCAUAGCGAUCUGUGAUUGUUUUAACUCCAUCAUUUCUUUGAUAAGAUAGCUUCAAUUUCUAGGAAAUUUUCUAUUGCAUGCAAGGAUCGCAUUCUAUCAGAUCGAUUUUCCCUGUACGUUUAUAAAGUGUGUAAUUUGGAAAAGAAGAAGAGACGAAAUAGUCGAGGUUUUUUUUAUAUUUAUAAAAAAAAAAAAAACCUUUCUUGUAUAUUACACGAGAUAAAAAUUUUCGAUGAAUACUUCGGAACAGUACACCAUCGACCCAAUCAUGUAUAACGGCGAUAUUAAAUCGCCGCCAGCCAGCAGCGAAGGUUCGAGUCUCAACAGUGAGACCACGAUUGCCCUUAGCCAGAGCAUGGAUUCCGUGAACACCACACCUGAGGAUGAGGUUCGAACAUUGUUCGUGAGUGGACUGCCCAUGGAUGCCAAACCCAGGGAACUUUAUUUACUGUUCAGAUCUUAUAAGGGGUAUGAGAAUGCCCUAUUAAAGAUGAUGGGCAAAGCUAUUGGUAAAAAUAAUAAUCCAGUUGGGUUUGUGACAUUUAGCUCAAGGGUGGCAGCUGAGGCAGCUAAACAAGAUUUACAGGGCGUGAGAUUUGACCCAGAUUUACCCCAGACAUUGAGAUUAGAGUUUGCAAAGAGUAACACAAAGGUAACCAAACCUAAACAACAGAGCCCACAGCCAGCCACACAUCCAACUCUGAUACACCCUCUGACUGGGCAGGAUUUGGGGGCGGCAUUUUUCCCAGCUGCCGGACCUGAAGCCUGGGCUCCACCCCACGCCCUUGCCUACCCGGAACUUGCCCCCACGGCUCUACACCACACAGCCACACUUAUGCAGCACCCAGCCCUCACACAACUUCCUGUUCGGGUAUCUAACCAACAGCUACAUAGAUUUCAUGACCAGCAAUCGUUGACUGCUCAACAAUAUCUGCAACACUCAUUCUACAGUCAAGAUGCUGUAGAUAUGAAUGCAUUAGCUCUACAAGCUGGUAAUCCAAUAGGUUAUGAGAUACACCCUGCAAUGAUGCACGGAGCAGGCUCAGUUUCCGCCACCUUGCCACACCCAUCAUUGGGUGCCACACCUAUCUUCACUAGCCCAAUAUGCGGGCUACCACAGAUGCAAGUUGCUAUGGGAAAGGCGGUGAAUGGUGCAGCCUCGAGCCCUGGCCUCCCAGCAGGCCUUCCCGGUACAACUACUAAUUCACCUUGUUCUACUCUAUUUGUUGCAAACCUAGGCCAGUUCUCUUCAGAACAAGAGUUAAAAGAUUUAUUCAGCAGUUUCCAGGGAUUCUCCAGAUUAAAAAUGUACAAUAAAGGGGGUUCACCUGUAUGUUUUGUAGAAUAUCAGGAAGUAAAGCAUGCAUCUGAGGCCAUGAGUAGACUACAGGGUUUUGUGCUUUUAUCCUCUGACCGCGGAGGAAUACGUAUAGAAUAUGCUAAGCAUAAAAUGGGAGAGGUCGUUACUGCAUAAUCAGGUUUUUAAAAAAUGGCAAAGAGAGAAGAAAUGAUGAGUCCCGCGCAGUCGCCUCCCUUGUCCGUGAUGACGUCAUAGUUACCAGAUGUCUUUGAACUCAUCCAUGACCUUUGACCUUGCGAUGAGUAAUAUGUCAGGCAUUCCUGUAAAAGGGGAAAAAGAUAAUUUAUUGAACAAUCAUAUUUGGUAGCAAAACAACAAUGUUUGUUAUAUGUGUUAUAUAACUUGACCUUUACUCUUACGUUUGUGAUGAUAUUAUUACAUCAUUUUGGUGUAAAAUGAUUGGUUAUUCAGAUCAUGUGAUCAAAAUAUAUUGCCUGUUAUAUAAUAUGUAACAUUAUUUAUAUAAAAUAUUAAGAGAGGUUGCUAUUUCAUAUUUUAUAGGGUAUAUUUAUGUUUUAGACAUUUAGGUAAAAUUACAAUUCUCCAUUUUAUAAGGCCAGUUGCUUUUAAAUUUUGGAUUUAUUCUUCUUCUUUUUUGUAUAGAAUAAGAAUACUUUUGUAAUUAUAUUGAGGAAAUACUGGAAUUCACAUAGAACUAAAAAUUUAUAGAUAUUUUUAAUUUCAAGGUACAUAUAACAUAUGAAAUGGCAGUCACUCUUGUCUAUAUACUUGUGGUUGGUGAACAAAUAUUUGAUGGUGACAGGUUGAGUGCUGUAUGUUUUUGUGUUUGUUGUUGAUGAUAAAUAAUUUCUUAUAUACAUUUAUUAUAGUAAUGCAUAGCAUUUUAUAUCUUGUUUUUUUUUCUUUAUUAAACAAGCAUUGGGCUCUAUCUAUAUUUGGGUUACAUAACCAGGGUUUUUAUUUUACUUUCAAAGUAUAUUGCAUGAAAUAAAUAUCUUUACAGGAUAUAUGAACUUUACAGGGUUAAGAUAUUUAAAUAAUCAUUACAUACCUUGUUUAGGACAUGUGAUAUUUUUUUGAACUUCGUGUUUUAGAAACAAAAAUAUAGAAAAAAAAUAGAAUCAAAAUGUUUAAGAAAA